AUGGCAUCCGAAAACUCACAACUCUUUGAGCGGCAUUUCAGUGAUCUCAACUACUCUGACUUUCACACCUACAGCCAAGGCCACUUACUAGUCCUCUUCUUCUCUCUGAUCUUCAUCAUCGCCACCCUAUUCUUCUAUGCUCAUUGGGCUUGCAUCAAAGGUCGUCUCUCAACAGCCACCGCUAGUGCUACAAAUAUUGCAUCUUUGCCACAAGUGCAUCAGUCGCUAGGGCUCGAUGCUGCUGCCAUUGAUAGCUUGCCGGUUAUCUUGCAUCGAUCGGUGGUAAUAGCUAACCCUAGUACUGUUCUUGAUGUUGAAGCCAUUGGUAUCGAGUUUUGCAUUUGUCUUGGAGUUUUUGAAGGAGAAGAGAAGGUUAAGGUGUUGCCAAAGUGCCAAGAUACAUAUCAUUCUGAGUAUGUAGAUAAGUGGCUGACCGUUCAGUCAAGCUGCCCGCUUUGUAGAUUAUCCUUCCGAGUCAUCAACUCUCUUUAG